CAGCAGCAGUAGCAGGACGGAGGACCUGCAGGACCUGCUCACCAACCUCUCACUGGGUUUCACCAGCCCGGCUCGGGACUCCUCCAAAGUUUGAGCUCCUCCAAGUUCCGGACCAGCAGGACUCCCUUGGACCGGGAAGUUUCCCCCCUGAAGAUGUCUGGAUGUUACUGCAGGAGUUUGUACGGGUUCAGCGGGGAGCAGCACCAGCAGGGGCUGAGCUUCCAGGCGGGGGAGCUGAUCCAGGUGCUGCAGGCUCUGCCCGGCGGCUGGUGGGAGGGGGAGAGGGACGGGAACCGGGGCUGGUUUCCCUCCAGCUACGUGCAGGUCCUGGAGAGGACGGCUUCUCUGAGCCAGCUUCCUGUCGAAGACCUCAAAGACCCUCUGCCGUCUCACUGGAGAUGCUACAUGUCUCCUCAAGGACGACGAUACUAUGUCAACACCACAAACAACGAGACGACUUGGGAGAGGCCGUCCAGCGCUCCAGGGACCCCUAAGAACUCCUUCCGACACAAGAACUCCCUGCCAGCAGUGAACGGAUUUCACUCGAGUGGAAGCCCCUUACAUCCUGUGGAGUAUCCACACAACAGUCUGGUCCGGAGGAGCAGCACAGAGCCGCAGAGCCCGGGGUCGACAUCACCCACCAGGAAGCAGAGCAAGGAAACCACGGUGACGAUUAACUGCGUGACGUUCCCCUCGCCGGCCUGCAUGCCCGAGCAGCAGCUGCUGAAACCAGACGAAUGGAGCUACUGUGACUACUUCUGGGCUGACAGAAAGGAUCCCCAGGGCAACGGCUACGUCACCGGGUUCGAGGUCCUGCUGCAGAAACAGCUGAGGAGCAAGCAGAUGCAGAAAGAGAUGGCCGAGUUCGUACGAGAAAGGAUAAAGAUAGAAGAAGAGUACGCCAAGAACCUCUCCAAGCUCUCGCAGAUCCCUCUAGCGGGCCAGGAAGAGGGGACGCUGGGGGAGGCCUGGGCGCAGCUGAAGAAGAGUCUGGCGGACGAAGCCGAGGUUCAUCUGAAGUUCUCGUCAAAGCUCCAGAGCGAGGUGGAGAAACCUCUGCUGACAUUCAGGGAGAACUUCAAGAAGGACAUGAAGAGGCUGGACCAUCACAUCGCCGACCUGCGGAAGCAGCUCGUCGGCCGCUACGCCUCUGUGGAGAAGGCCCGUAAAGCUCUGGCCGACCGCCAGAAGGAGCUGGAGCUGAAGACGCAGCAGCUGGAGAUGAAACUCAGCAACAAGAUCGAGGAGGACAUCAAGAAGGCGCGCAGGAAAUCCACGCAAGCAGGAGACGAGCUGAUGCGCUGCGUCGACCUCUAUAACCAGUCCCAGUCCAAAUGGUUCGAGGAGAUGGUCACCACCAGCCUGGAGCUGGAGAGGCUGGAGGUGGAGCGGGUGGAGAUGAUCCGGCAGCACCUGUGUCAGUACACGACCCUCCGCCACGAGACGGACAUGUUCAACCAAAGCACCAUGGAGCCGGUGGACCAGCUCCUGCAGAGCGUGGACCCCAUCAGGGACCGGGAGAUGUGGGUGCGGGAGAACAAGACCGGGGACAUCCGGCCGGUGGACGUAGAAAUCUGACCCUGGAGCCGACUUGCCUGAGCUCACACCCGGGUACGACGGUCCCGGAGCUCGAGCACAAGGACAUGAUUGGGAGAUGAGGUGUGUGCUGGGGGGGGGACUCCUGCCAGACCGCCGCCGCGCCCCCGCCAGCCGCCUGAUGAUGGUUUUCAUCCGAGCUCUGAGGGAUGAAGGCGGCCGGUACAGUUUUGUGUUUGCAGACUGAUGCUCGACUCGGGGGAGGGGGGGAGCUGCGAGUGUGAAUUCUUGACUAAAGGAAACUCAGGUCGGACGAAUGAUAGAAGUAGCACCAACGGAGGUCAUUAAACGUUUAAGUGUUAAAUAGCUUUACGUCACACGGCCGUGUCAUGCUAUUACUUCAGAGCUGCAAUGACUAAACAGACGCUGCUGAGCAAAGUUCACAUUUACACCCGAGUGAGCGACAUCUCUGUGUUUUAAUACUAACAUCUGUGUGCCGACUGGUCCUGAGGCCCCGCCCCCUCUAGCUGCUGUCGCUCCUCCUCUGCUCCAGACACUUUU